GCUCUGGAGAAAACACAAACCUCAGCGAUGGAGAGGUUACUGAGCAGGUGUCACAUUAGAAACCAGCUGAUCAGAGAGUGCCUGGCCGAAUGUCUGGGAGUCUACAUCCUGAUCCUCUUUGGAUGUGGCUCUGUUGCCCAGGUGACAACAAGUGAAAAUACUAAAGGAGAUUAUCUGUCAAUCAACUUGGGGUUUGCACUGGGAGUAACAUUUGGGGUUUUUGUAUCGCGCAGCGUCUCAGGUGCUCAUCUGAACCCUGCUGUAUCUCUGAGCCUGUGCUUUCUGGGUAGACAUCCAUGGUUCAAACUGCCAUUCUAUGUUGUCUUCCAAACACUUGGAGGCUUUCUGGCUGCAGGCACCGUCGCCCUGCAGUACUACGAUGCCAUCUGGACGUACGGUGGGGGUGAGCUGUUGGUGACGGGACCCAAUGCAACAGCAGGCAUAUUUUCCACUUACCCUGCUGAAUACCUCACUUUGUGGGGAGGCGUCGUGGACCAGAUAAUCGGCACAGCUGCCCUGCUGCUGUGCAUUCUGGCUCUGGGUGACAACACAAACGGUCCUCUCCCUGAGGGUCUUCAGCCGGUCUUGGUUGGCGGGUUGGUGCUAGUCAUCGGCAUCUCUAUGGGCUCCAACAGCGGCUACGCCAUCAAUCCAGCAAGAGAUUUCGGCCCUCGAUUGUUCACGUACCUCGGUGGCUGGGGAGUCGACGUUUUUACAGCUGGAGGCGGGUGGUGGUGGGUGCCGCUGGUAGCUCCCUGUGUUGGGGCACUGCUCGGAACGCUGAUUUACGAGCUGCUGAUUGAAGUUCACCACCCCCGUCCAUCUGACCUGCAGACCUUGUCGUGUGAGGUCGCCAAGGGCAAAGUGGAGAUGGAAAACGUGGAGCCAGACUGGGUCAAAUCCAUAGAGUAAAAAAACAUUAAAAAUUGUACCUUUUGUAACAUGCUAAUAAAAAAAAGCCUUUCUACAUGAAUGUGCUGCAGAAGUCACUCUCUCUCUUCGACAUUUAUUUUGAAACAGCACAAAGUGUAUGGCAUUAUUAUUAUUUUUUUUUCAGCAAGCAGACCACAACCAUGAAAAAGAAAAUGUCAUGAUUUCCACUAUUAAGCUAUAUAAAUAU